GGAAGCGUGCCCGUACCGUAUUUGUAAGGUUGGAUCGAGUCAUUGCUUCUGCUUCAGAUCGCCGGAGAUGGACUCCUCCUCCUCCUCCGCUGCCGCCGCCCGCCGCCGCAUCGACACUAUCCAUUCCCAUCUUGUCACCUCUCCUCGCUCUCCGCCUCUCCUUCGCUCUAGCCCCACUGCUGGCGAGUUCUGCCUCGAAAAGGGCUACAGUGUUGUUCUUCCUGAGAAGUUGCACACGGGCAAUUGGAAUGUCUACAGGUCUGCCCGAUCUCCGUUCAAGCUUGUCAGUAGAUUCCCAGAUCAUCCCGACAUUGCCACCCUUCAUGACAACUUUGAGCAUGCUGUUCAAGAUUUUCGAGACUACAAGUAUUUAGGAACUCGGGUUCGUGUUGAUGGAACAGUGGGAGACUACAAAUGGAUGACUUAUGGAGAAGCUGGUACAGCAAGAACUAAUCUUGGUUCUGGACUAGUUUAUCAUGGAAUCCCUGUGGGAUCUUCUAUUGGACUUUAUUUUAUCAACCGUCCUGAGUGGCUCAUCGUCGACCAUGCCUGUUCUUCGUAUUCUUAUGUAUCUGUUCCUUUGUAUGACACUCUCGGUCCCGACGCUGUCAAAUUUAUUGUCAAUCAUGCCACUGUUCAAGCCAUAUUUUGUGUGCCUGAAACUUUAAACUCUUUACUGAGCUUCUUGUCUGAGAUGCCAACAGUACGCCUGAUUGUGGUUGUUGGAGGGUUGAGCGAAUCUUUGCCUUCGCUUCCCUCAUCAGGACAAGUGAAAGUUGUCUCGUAUUCCACUUUACUGAAUCAGGGUCGCAGUAACCCUCAGCCAUUUUGCCCACCAAGGCCUGAUGAUGUUGCAACGAUAUGUUAUACAAGCGGUACAACUGGGACUCCAAAGGGGGUCGAACUAACCCAUGCAAACUUGAUUGCCAAUGUUGCUGGCUCCAGUCUUAGCGUGAGGUUCUACUCUUCAGACAUUUACAUUUCGUAUCUUCCGCUGGCACAUAUUUAUGAACGAGCAAACCAGAUCCUGACAGUUUACUUUGGAGUUGCUGUUGGAUUCUAUCAAGGGGAUAAUUUAAAAUUACUGGAUGAUCUGGCUGCUCUAAGACCUACUAUAUUCUGCAGUGUUCCUCGACUGUACAACAGAAUAUACGAUGGUAUCAUCAAUGCCGUAAAAUCGUCUGGUGGGCUGAAAGAGAGGCUCUUCAAUGCUGCCUAUAAUGCUAAAAAGCAGGCUUUGUUGAAUGGGAAGAGUGCCUCCCCCAUAUGGGACAGGUUGGUAUUUAAUAAAAUAAGAGCUAGACUUGGAGGGCGUGUCCGUUUUAUGGCAUCUGGUGCUUCACCUCUGUCUCCUGACGUGAUGGAAUUUUUGAAAAUAUGCUUUGGAGGAAGGGUAACAGAAGGAUAUGGCAUGACUGAGACUUCUUGUGUUAUAAGUGGUAUGGAUGAGGGUGAUGAUCUUCCUGGACAUGUUGGCUCUCCUAAUGCAUCCUGCGAAGUCAAGCUUGUAGACGUACCAGAAAUGAACUACACAUCUGCAGAUCAACCCUAUCCUCGUGGUGAAAUAUGUGUUAGGGGUCCCAUCAUUUUCAGAGGCUAUCACAAAGACGAAGUUCAAACGAGAGAGGUAAUUGAUGAAGAAGGAUGGCUUCAUACUGGUGAUAUAGGUCUCUGGCUGCCUGGAGGACGUCUAAAAAUUAUUGACAGGAAAAAGAACAUCUUCAAAUUGGCCCAAGGGGAGUACAUAGCUCCAGAGAAAAUCGAAAACGUGUAUGCCAAAUGCAAAUUUGUGGCCCAAUGCUUCAUAUAUGGUGACAGCUUUAAUUCAUCUUUGGUGGCUGUUGUAUCGGUUGACCAAGAUGUUCUAAAAGCCUGGGCCGCUUCAGAAGGCAUAAAGUAUGGAGAUUUGAGAGAAUUAUGUAACGACCCGAGGGCAAAAGCAGCGGUAAUGGCUGAUAUGGACGCCGUUGGAAGAGAAGCUCAGUUGAGAGGCUUUGAAUUCGCAAAGGCCGUAACUUUGGUGCUGGAGCCAUUUACCCUGGAAAAUGGCCUUCUGACUCCAACGUUUAAGAUAAAAAGGCCACAAGCUAAGGAAUACUUUGCAGAAGCAAUGGCCAAAAUGUACACGGAGCUUGCUGCUUCAGAUCCCACUUCUUCUAAAGCCUUGUGAGAUUUUGACGGCCAAGCACACACUGAAACCUCCUUCUCUUCCUCCUAAAGGCAAAAAUAAAUAAAUAAAUUUGCAUUCUUUUUCUUUUUUGGAGAAUUUUAUAAAAAGAAUAAAGGUGAUACAUACAUAGAUAUAUAGCUACUGAAUGUAUCAUGUUUUCCUGUGUAAUAAAGAUGUCCAAAAAUUGAUUUUUGGGGUAUACUUUUAUUUUCAAGUGAUUACCAUCACA